AUGUCCAGCAUCGGACUCCUGAGCCGAUGGAAACACAUUCCGCCGGUGGUCGCCGUCACCCUAAUUGUGCCCCGAGAAGCUCUCCGCGACUUCUUCCCCGAACCAUACUUGACAUGGCCCGUUCCGACCUUGGUAGGCACGUUGAAGUCCAGCGGCAUCGUUUCACAAAGGAGGUGCAACGUGUUCGACGAUGUUCACGUCGUUUUUGGUCAAGUAACGACAACAGGCGACAUUAUUUCGGGAGAUGCCACCGUCAGCAUAGAAGAAGAUGAACUCCGUUGGUCGGGAACAUCAUCUUUGGUAGCGACUUUCUUGGUGCCGACAACUGCGUUGGCGGGACAGCCGGUGACAGACUUGGUUGGCCUGGACCUGAGUAUGGCCUCUCCUAGUACCGUUUUCUUUACCGAAGUGCUAGGCAUGUCUCAUCGAACAAUGUACGAAACCAGCUUCUCAAACACGACCGGCGUUUUUAUAAGCAAACUGAUGCCAGGAACCACUGCGCACAAGAUAACAAGUGGUGGUGUGAGGCCCCUAAAAGAUGAGGUGACCGGAGCGGAAAACGAGGCCCGAAUGAUAUUGAUGGCCGAGCUAUGCCCAGAUAAAAGGGGUAUUGCAGCUUUGAGUGCGCUCAUCCAGGUUUCCUCUGAGAGCUGCAAGAGGAAUCUGCAGAAUAAGCCGCCCUUUGAGAUGUAUCAGAACGACCCCUUCUCUAUUAGCAUCAUACUUGGCAAGAACAAGUUCACCUGCCCCUUCAGAUACCCAGUGCCCCUUACGAGCGUCGUCAGCAACACUGGCUUCAGUGGCGCCGGUCGCACGUCUGCAUACAUCAAGGUGGUUGCCUCUCUGGUAGAUCCGAGGCGAAGCAGCGUCCUGAAUGGUUGCCUUUCGCUUACUAUGAUUUCUCCAGGCGGUCUUCCCGUGGCUGUUGACCUGCCGCAUCUCAAUCUCGAUAACCUUCCGGUGCUUGAAAUGAACCAGCCUGAGCGCCUGGCAUGGUUGACAACGCUGACGUCUCUGCAAUUUCUCCCACAUGGUCAAGGGGGACAGACGGAAGACGUGCGCGCCCGGUUCAAAGGAACCGUGUCCGCCAUGUUCCGGGCUUGCUCUGGCACACUAAAAAGCCAGACAUGCAUAUUUUCACUUAGUGGACGGCGACGAGGCGAUGUCCAGGCCAUGAUUUUUGUCUCGGCGGUGCGAUUGGAUGGCGACACCGCAUCGGUAGUACUGGAUGCUGCCAUCUUGCCGCUUGCGUCUCAAUACUUGGAGUCUGGGGGCUUGGACGACUUCCUGAAGAAGUUGAAAUGGCUGGAAGACGUGACGCUGAAAGUCGAUGACGAAGAGAUGGCUCUCUGGAAGAAGACGAUGCCGUCCUUCAUAGAGCGAUGCCGUACUUGGAAUCAUCUUCCGGGCUGUGAGUACACAAAGCAAGGGGCCACUAUGCCGCUGAGCCUUGAGCCAGGACAACAGUGGUUUUGCUCAUGCGGUAAUGGUCAGAUGCCGACUGACUUUAUCACGGUACCUCUAUGGGACUUGGCCGCAAAGUAUGCGGUGCGUAUUGCAAUCAGCCCCAUGUAUUACUAUGCUCCCUUUGUCGAAGCAGCCGGGCAAUGGAGUCGAACUCGAGACGAGUGA